CUUCUUCUUCUUAUUUGUUCUCUCUCUUUCUCUGAAAAUCAUCAACGUUACGAAGUGUUCGCCAUGGAAGCGAUACUCAUAGAUUGUGCGCAGAAGAGUCUUCGCCAUUUCAUGCACUCCAACGCCAUCUUCAUCUCACAGCGUCUCUGUGCUCAGUUUCCCUCUGAGACAAAUUUGCAAUUGUUAGCUGGCUGUUACUUGCAAAGUAACCAACCUUAUUCUGCAUACCAUAUCUUAAAGGGAACUCAAAUGGCUCAAUCCCGGUACUUGUUUGCAAUAUCAUGCUUUCAUAUGGAUCUUCUUAGGGAAGCCGAAGGAGCAUUAUGUCCUGCUAGUGAGCCUGGUGCAGAGGUUCCAAAUGGUGCAGCUGGUCAUUAUCUAUUAGGGCUCAUUUACAGGUACACUGACAGAAGGAAAAGUGCCAUACAUCAUUUUAAGCAGGCACUAUCAAUGGAUCCUCUGAUGUGGGCUGCAUAUGAGGAACUGUGCAUAUUAGGUGCUGCUGAAGAAGCAACUGCAGUUUUUGAUGAAGCAGCUGCUUUUUGCAUACAAAAGCAAUACCUAAAUUGCUCAAUCUCUCACUACCCACAUUCGUCAGCUGAAGAUUGUAAUGUAGUUGCCGCCAGACACUGUGUCUCUGAAGAUGUGAGUCCAAGGCAACUCAGACAAAUGCAGGGCCUAAAGGAUAUUGCCGAAAAUCAUCAUGGAACAUCUAUGUUAGGAGGAACUGCUGGUCAAACUAUUAAUAGUUGUCCAUCUAUUGUGUCAUUUUAUAACACCCCAUCUCCGAUGGCCACACAGUUGUCAGGUGUUGCUCCACCCCCUUUGUGUAGAAAUAUGCUGCCUAAUGGCCCAAAUUUGAGUACAGUUGUUGGUGACAGUUCUCCUAAGUCAACAGUGAACUCUACUCUUCAAGCCCCUAUUCAAGCCCCUCGAAGAAAGUUUGUGGGUGAAGGAAAGUUACGGAAGAUUUCGGGUAGAUUAUUUUCUGAUUCUGGUCCUCGACGUAGUUCAAGACUCUCUAGUGAAGGAGUUGUAAAUGCAAAUGCUAAUGCAACAGUUGUAUCUGGAAAUGGAACUAGUAACUCUUAUAGGGGAGGGUCAAAGCUUAACCCUAUGGCAUUUCGUACCAUGACGGUUCGUAAGGGACAGUCAUGGGCCAAUGAAAACAUUGAUGAAGGGAUCCAUAAUUAUGUCCCAGAUGAUUCUCGUUUAAAUAUUACAUCAACAACUUCUUGUUCAUCUCCUGCCAUUGAAGCUAAAUCUUAUGAACAAGAAGCAACAACAUUUCAAGUUGGUGGGCAAGUAAAAUGUUCUUCUGAAGUCAUCAGUGGAGCUUCAGAAAUACUGACCCUUCUAAGAGUUAUUGGUGAAGGCUAUAGACUUGCCUGCUUGUAUGGGUGCCAGGAUGCACUGGAUACCUAUCUGAAGCUUCCACAGAAACACUACAAUACUGGCUGGGUCCUUUCUCAGGUUGGAAAAGCAUACUUUGAAUUAGUUGAUUAUUUAGAAGCUGAACGGGCCUUUAGUAUUGCUCGUCAAAUAUCACCUUAUAGUUUGGAAGGAAUGGAUAUAUACUCAACAGUCCUUUAUCAUUUAAAGGAUGAUAUGAAGCUAAGUUACCUGGCGCAGGAACUGAUUUCAACUGAUCGCCUAGCUCCUCAAUCUUGGUGUGCCAUGGGUAAUUGCUACAGCCUGCAGAAAGAUCAUGAAACUGCAUUGAAGAAUUUUCAACGAGCUGUUCAACUGAAUCCCAGAUUUGCAUAUGCACACACGCUUUGUGGACAUGAGCACGUUGCACUAGAAGAUUUUGAAAAUGGGAUUAAGUGCUACCAGAGUGCACUCAGGGUUGAUGCAAGGCAUUAUAAUGCCUGGUAUGGACUUGGAAUGAUAUAUCUUCGCCAAGAGAAGUUUGAGUUCUCUGAACAUCAUUUCCGUAUGGCUUUCCAAAUCAACCCACGAUCUUCUGUUAUAUUGUCAUACCUGGGAACUGCUUUGCAUUCUUUAAAGAGAAGUGAGGAAGCAUUGACCAUAAUGGAGAAGGCUAUUUUAGCAGAUAAGAAAAAUCCACUUCCCAUGUAUCAAAAGGCCAACAUACUCAUUAGCCUGGAAAAUUUUGUCGAGGCUCUGGAAGUCCUGGAGGAGCUUAAGGAGCAUGCUCCCUGCGAAAGUAGUGUCUAUGCUUUGAUGGGCAAUGUCUAUAAGAGGCGUAACAUGCAUGAGAGAGCAAUGCUUCAUUAUGGUAUUGCUUUGGAUUUGAAACCAUCUGCAACAGAUGCUGCUGUCAUUAAGGCUGCCGUUGAGAAAUUGCAUAUACCCGAUGAGUUAGAAGACUACGUCUGAAGUGCAAGAUUUGAAUAUUUGUUCAUAAUGAUUUGCUUUCGGCUAAUUGUGUAUAAAAGCACACAAAUGCUUGAGGAGUAUCCAUUGGUGGAGCCAUGAUCUCUAGAAAUGACUUAAAGUUUUGUAGGAUAUUGACAUAGGAUUAGAGCAAAUGAUGCAACAGAGGUACCCAGAAGCUCCUAUACUUGUACAAAUAGUUGUUUUAGGGAAAACUACGUGUAUCAUUAGUUUAUCCAUUCAUUUAUUCAUAUAUCAGAGCUUUAUUC